CAGGAAUUGCCUAGCCCUCUCGAGUUUUCGGUGAUCGCGAAGCCCUUGCUCGCCGAUGGCAUUGCCAGCUCUCACCGGAUGUCCUUGGUCUUCAAUCAGCAAGGAUUGAAGCAAUUAGAGGAGAAGGAGGAGGAGGAGGCACCAUUUGUACUGCAGAAGUUUGUGAACCACGGCGGCGUUGUCUUCAAAGUCUAUGUUGUUGGGGACUACGUGCAAUGUGUCAAACGGAGGUCUUUACCGAACAUCCUCAUGGAUAACGAUGACGACAAACCAUUAGGAAUAUUAGAGGCCUCUCACCGCAAUUUGUUGACCUAUUCCCAAAUUUCAAAUCUUACCGCCGCCGCCGCCUCUUCUUCUUUGUCUUCUAAGAACAAUGAUGAGCAGCAGCAGGAGGAUGUGAUAAAGGAGGAGGCAACCGCCCAAAUGCUUCCGGUGAGUUUCCUUACUCGCUUGGCCAAGGCCUUGAGGAAUGCCUUGGGCUUGCAUCUCUUCAACUUUGACGUAAUCAAAGACAGUUGGUUUGGGAAUCAGUACCUUGUCAUUGAUAUUAACUACUUUUCCGGUUAUGCUAAGAUGCCUUCCUACGAGACUGUCAUUGAUAUUCUGGUAGUAACAUAUUCAUAUUGA